AUGGAUAUCCCUCGCGGCCACGCAGCGAUGCCGCUCACAGAGCCUGAUUUUCUGGACUUUGUCUACAACUACUUCAAGGCUGAAUACUACCCCAUCCGGUCUUUCUGGUCUACAGCUACGGCAUUUCCCAACCAAACCCAACGAUGGAUAGCCAUGGGUCACGAAUUAGCGCCACAGGUCAUUCGGCCCGCCAACGCGCAGGCGCAAAAGGAUUUGGAGUCUCUGGAUUACUUUACAAGAAAGUGGAACCUAGACGCUAGUUUUGUAAGAGGCUUGGUGAUUAGGUUCUCCAAGUAUGAAUUGCACGAACGGCUAGAGAAGAAGCUGUACGAGUGUGCGAGACUGGAUUUGAUGGUGCGCAAAGCACUCAAGGAAAAGCACUUGAUUGAUGCAUUGUGGCCUAGUCCAGCGCCGCGAAAUAUUGCAAAGGAUUUAUUGCAGCAAGGUGUUCAGGUUCGGCAGUGGUAUGGCGACAUGUUCCACAAGUACUUCCGCGUCUUGCAUUCUAUCGAGUCGUUCCAACUCCGCCCGGAAGUCGACCACCAUAUCAAGACAAGCGGAACGCUCAUGCUUCUUCCUCAUGUAGAUCAUCUCGUGUUUGGAAAUGUGGAUCCCAUCAUUCCUAUCGUAGCCAGAGGCGCAGGGUAUGCGAAUGCAAAAGGACAUGACAGGAGGGAUAGGACUGUACCGGGUUUUGGCGAGCCAGGCAAGUUCGAGAUUAGGUUCGAUGCGCCUGCUGAAGUCACCGACACCUUCACUACGAGCGUAGUUCGGCAGUGUGAGUGUAUGAAAUGUGGGACAAAGCGAGACGUACAGGUGGUGAUAUCCGUCGAUCCAAAUCCGACCACCAGAAACGUGAGCAGACACCAAGGAGCGAGACCAUCGGCGAGAACUAGUGAACCAAUACCUCCCCGCCAGCCUCCCAGACCACAGGCUGUAACUCAGAAUGCCAACGUCCCACGGCCAUCGACACCGGAGCUCAAAAAGCAGUGUCCCCGCUGCACGUUCCUCAACGACCCCAAUCUCACCGUCUGCGAGAUGUGCGAAGCAAGCCUCCCAGAUACAACCAUCAGCAAGCCCCCCAGUCCAGUAGCAGUUACAAGAACACCCUCGCAUUCCCACUCGGUAUCCGCCCCGCCCCCUACAGCGCCCAACCCACGCCAAGAAGCUCUCAAGAAGGAACAAAGACCCGGAGCGCCAAACAGACACAGUCUAAGCGCCAGUCUCUUCUCAAUCUUCCCAUUCUCGCAGCAACAGCAACAAGAGCAUCGUGCCAAGCUGCCGCCUACGCAACAAGUCCAAACAGAGACAGCCGUGCCAUCCAAACCUCAGCAACAGGAGAUGAAACAAGAGGCGAGACCGUCUUCCAAAGAAGGCAAAAGGGCACAAGCGGCACCCCCUGUAGUAUCUCACGCAGAAUCUUCAUCAAGACAGCAAGGUCGAGCCACUACCCUACCAAAUCGCACCGACACACCACCGGAGCCAGAACUCUCGCGCCAUCCCGAAAUGACAAUGAUGCCACUUUCACCCUCACCCCCAUCAUCUGCUUCGAAACGGCCCGCACCCGCUGGUCUUCCAAGUAAUCUAAUGGACGACUUUGUGCCCGUUUCCCCAGCAUUUGUGCGAGAGGAAGAGGAUGAAGAUGCGGGAUGGGGUUCCAUGAGUCGUGAAGAAGCUAGACAGGGAGAUACCAGUAGUGAUGAAGAUGAUGAUAGAAGAGGGAGCGAAGAGAGGGGGACGGGUAUGAUAGAUUUGGAUGCUGUAGCGAGAGAGGAAGCGGAUGUUUGGGGGGAUAGAGAUGACUAG